AUGAUUUGUCUUAAGGUUUCCGUGGACGAAACCUCGCCGUCCUUCACGUCCAACCGGCCGCAGUUUGAGGGCUUCCUGUCUGAGAUGACUCAGUGGUUUUCUGACCACCAGCUGCAGGUAGACGAUCUGUUCAGCCACAGCGACGCAGAUAGAAGUGGAUCAGUCGACCUGAAGGAUUUCUACCUUGGUCUGAUGAACUUGGACGUCCCUUGUCAGCGGUUUCAGCUCCACAUGCUGACUCAGCACUUGAAGACCGACGACAACAAGAUCAGUUAUGGAGACUUGAGUGGACAAGUGCAGAGACUGAGCACCGAGAUCGACACCCGGAUAUCAAGAUGUGAUCAGUUUCAGCUGUUGAACCCUGAGAUGGACAAGAGAUUCAUCCGUCUGAGUGUCAGACUGAUCCCCUUCGACUCGGCUGCAGCUCAUCCAGGAAACUUUGAGGUGGUCUUGUUGAGCAGCAGCAGAGUCUUCGCUCUGAUCAGGAUGAUCCAGGACCGGGUCGGGAUCCAGACUUCCAGGCUGGAGGUUUUCCGGAGCAGAGUGCCCACGGAGGAGGCCCGCCUGCCCCCAGAGAGCCUCCUGGAGGAGUGUGGCUUCAGAGGAGGGCCAGAGGGAAGUCCUCCAGAGGAGACGGUUUACUACGACUACAUGCUGCUGUUUCCUGAUUGUCCCAUCCUCAAUUGUGAACACUACUUUAGCUCAAAGAUGAGAUGAAUAUUCUUACAGACAUUCAUGAUCCACAGAGGAUAAACCCUGCUGACUUUGGUGUUUUUUUACUUUUCAUCUAGCCUCACAUUCAUGGUUUUGUGUAUAAUAUCUCCAAAACUAUAAUAUAUAUCUUUUUGCAGAAAUCCAUGAUCCCCAGAGGAUGAACCCUACUGACUUUGAUCAUCCUCUGACUAUUCCUCUUGCGUCACGACAAGAUUGACAUUUGUGGUUUUGUGUGAAAUAUCUCAACAACUAUGAAGAAUCGUAUUACAGACAUUCAUGAU